UUCUUAUUACUCCGGAAAGAACGAAACUGCCCACCAACAGCCCCCCAGCAAGAAGAGAACGCUUUCACUAUUUUCGGGAAAACUCUCGAAGAAUUGGAAUUUAUGUUUUUCCAAGAAAGAGAGCAUUGGACAGUAUGUUACAGAACUGAGAAAGAUUUGCCAGCAAAAAGCGGACUCCUGAACCCCGGAAAACCUGGCGGAUAUCACGAGCCUUUUCCAAGCUUUAAAAAACCUGCUGACAUUAACGGAAAACCGUGGUCGGAAGCCCUCCAAGAAAUUCCUGAUUCCGAAAAAUACCGAUUUUGGAAAUGA